UUUAUUGACAACUGCAGCACGCCUCCCGCUCAGGCGCUUGUUCGGGGGCGGUGACUUCUCUGACGUCAUCGGAAGGCGCCGUGCGCGGCUGCGUGCAGGCGUGGUGAUGACGUCAGAGGUAGUCGGAGUUCCUGCGCUUUAGGAGACCAUUUUACUACGAAAGCCCAAACAGUUACCAUGGAAGGAAACUGCUACCAGUUACGAGUGCAGCUAUCAGCCAAAGGGAAGCGAGUGGUGAAGGGGCGAUACAGCGACCCCGUCCGGAAUCCUUAUGGAUCUAAGCGGCAUAAAUAUGGGGAAACGAUGGAGAAUUGCAGCAACCAGAAGUAUCACAAACUCAAAAACUUGUGGUUUAGGAUAACGAUUCCUUAUGGACGGAAAUAUGAUAAAAUGUGGUUAUUGAGUUCCAUCGAACAUGAGUGUGGCUUUCACUUCCAAGCUUUACAGUUCCGCUACGUAAACCACAUGGCCACUUUCUUUGUGGACAAUUUUUCCAUCGCCAGAUCUUUGGUUCAAGCGUCUAAGAAGAUACAAGGUGAACAGUUCCACAAGAUCAUUAUUAAAGCAGAACCUUUCUACAGCCCGAACGAACAGAUGGAUAUGAGUAUUCUCAGCCCGUUGGAUUCAGUAAAUUACCUGGAUCACUCGGCUGAACACAUCCAGUCAUGCCUGUGGAAAAGGUACAACCAAGUAUUUCAGAGCCUUGACCUGAGCGACCUGGGAAAUGAUCCAGAUUUGCUUUCUGCCAACGUUUUCUUUUCUGUGAACAACGCUUCAGCGACAGAGGUCGUAUUACAGAUCAUCUCGGAGUAUUACCCCCAGCUCCUGUCUCUAAAUUUGAGUCACAACAAUCUCACCAAGCUGACGGGGUUUGCUCACCUCUUCUACCUGACCCCCCAGCUGCAGAGUCUGAACCUCUCCUACAAUAAGCUUUGCAAAGUCCAGGACCUGGAUCUGAUCCACAACCUGGAGCUGAGGGAGCUGUGGCUGAAAGGAAACCCUCUUCACGGGGCUGUAGAAAGCUUCUCCGCCUAUUACAGGUUGAUAACCUAUCACUUUCCUGCUAUUGAAAAAUUGGACGGGCGGUUAUUUAAAGAGAAUCUGUAUUUUGAGCAAGAAGAACCCAAACCGCUUCCAGAGUCCAAGGGAAGCUUUUUUGGUAGCGACGAGAUCAAAACUUACCUAGCAAAGUUUCUGCACCAGUACUUCACCCUGUACGAUUCAGGGGAGCGUAAGACCCUCCUGCCUCUGUACCACGAGAACGCCUGCUGUUCUUUCAGUUUACCUAACGUCUUCUAUCCACGAAUCUGCUUCCUUCGGAUUAAAGAAUACUGGAAAGAGAACCGGAACCUCCUCAGAGUGAGAAGACCAGAAGUGAGACGUCAGCUGAUAAAGUAUAACAGGCUGCAGGUGGUCGGCUUCCUCUGCAAUCUCCCGAACACGGAGCACGACCUCCCGUCCAUGACCCUGGAUGUCAGCCUCCAGACUGCGUCCAUCAUGUGUUUCACGGUUGAAGGUAAAUUCAAGGAAGUACACACGAGUUGCCACAAGACUCCCUUCAUCCCCUUCAGAAGAACCUUCAUCAUUGUCCCGGCCGCAGAAGACAGCGCUCAGAUUUUGAACGAUCAGAUGGUUAUACUCAAUACCUACGUCAGUCCGCAAGAAACGUCUUCAGGUCUAUCCCCCAAAUCCGCGCCGGCGAUCUGCAAACAGUCCCCUCCCCCCGCCGCAGGCGAUACCGCCGCUUCCUUCUCUAAGGACACAGGGAUGAAACUGGACUGGGCUCUCAAAUGUCUUCAGGACAACAACUGGGACGUGCAGCAAGCGAUGGAAAUGUUUCAUGUCCUAAAGAACAGGGGCGCCAUUCCUCAGGAGGCCUUUGAGGUGGAGACGGCAGCCGGCGACACGUCUGGAUAACUAUGAGCCGAUGUGACUCUGACCCGAGUUCUGAUUCCUUGGAGGAGAUUCUUUCUUUAAUUUAUUGUUCUGUUCCUGGAGCUGAGACUUCAGAGUGUAUGUCCUUGUGUUUGUCUCAUUGGGGCCUGUUCAGACAACCAUAAGAGGGUCGCAAACCCCGCCCCUGCGGUUCACACGUACUGAAUCAUCAUAGGAUCCAAUGAUAGAAGUCCAGUUCACUUUCACCGUGUUCAGUCUGGAUAGGAGGAUGCGGCCCUGUUAUGGCCGUCUGAAUGGCGCCCAAGGUUCUGCAGAGAUUCUGCGCUGUUCUGUUGAGCUCCUCUGUGAGAAGUUGUUAGUUUUGUAUGGGAAAAAAAUACUGUUAAAUAUACUGUAGGGUUUUAGUGUGAAUGUUCACUUUUGUAUUAUAAAACAUCCAUUAAAGGAAGUGUUCCGAUA